AUGGCUGAGGAGGAAUUCGAGAUCGAUAUCUACGGCGAUGCGCCCCAAGAUCACCAAGACGGAAACGCCGAGAACUACGACGGAGCCAACGGUCAUGCGGACAACCACCAGGAACAGCAUGACCAGCUGGAGCACCACGACGAUCAGCAGAAGCACGACCAGCAGGAAGAAUAUCACGAUCAGCAAGAGGCGCCUGCGCCCCAGCAGGGUGUCAAGAGAAAGGGCGACGACCGGCCGAUCGAUCCAGGCGCAACCACAGCUUUGAUGGUUUCGGAUCUAAACUGGUGGAACACGGACGACGACAUCAGAGGAUACGCCAGAGCAGGCCAUUGCGAGGACGAGCUGAAGGAUAUCACUUUCAGUGAACACAAGGUGAACGGAAAGAGCAAGGGACAAGCCUACAUUGAGUUCACAUCGCAGCAAGCUGCCACGGCCGCCAAGCACGCUUUUGAGUCGACAGAAAGCGCUCAAGGCGUACCGAAGAAAUACCAGGUCACUUACUCGAACCCUCACGUCAACCCGUUCCGCACGCUGCCUAAGGAUGCACCGAACCGCGCUGGUAAAGACCAGGGCAGCCGACCAAACAACAACAACUACAACAACCAGGGUUCCUCGAUGGGUGGCGGCGAUUUCCGUGGAAACGGCUACCGUGGUCGUGGAGGCUUCAAUGGUCCUCGUGGUGGCAUGAACCAGGGCGGGUUCAACCGCAACUUCUCGGGCGGUAUGGGAGGUGGAUUCAACAAUAACAACAUGGGAGGCGGCGGCUUCAACAACGGCAUGGGCGGUGGAAAUUUCGGCGGCGGCGGUUUCCAGCGGGGCGGCGGCUUCGGUGGUGGUAUGCGCGGCGGCCCCGGCAUGCGUGGUGGACGAGGCGGUAUGCACAACCCGAUGGGCGGUAUGAACAUGGGCCCGAUGGGAGGCAUGCCCAACAUGGGUAUGCCUAACAUGGGCAUGAUGGGCGGCGGAAUGCCUGGAUUCCAAGGCAUGCCUCAACAAUUCAACCCUGCAUUCUUCGGCGGUAACCAGGGUGGUGGUAACGACUGGGGCAACCCUCACGGUGCUAAGCGACCUCGACCCGAGUAG